AUGAUUACGUUUGAGAAUAACAAGAUAUUUAUUUUUAGCGCCGAUGUUGGUGAAAUCUUUUUGGAAUGUGUCCAUCGCAAAGAAGAAUGUAUUGAACCAAGUAUUAGAAAUGUAUGGACCAAGACAAUGGACGAUGAUCUCUCGUGUUUGGUUAUGAUAGACGAAUGGGAGAAUGAAGUACAAUUAGACUUUCUGACGGACAUGAUGGUCAAUGGCGCCAAGUUAAAUGUUAUUGGCUGGUUCCUAGUUAAUGUGGAUUGGCGAUGGUUACAACUUUUCAAGGAGCUGAUAAUGUGUCAAGAAGCAAUCGCUGGGUUGGCCUGGACGAAAAAUGGAGAUGAUUCACUAGUAUUCAUGGUUGGAUUGAUGAUAAUCAAGAUCAACCCGAACAUAAAGUUCGAAGUUUUUAUUCAUAAAGUUGAUGGUCUCUCGGACGAUUAUAAAAUAGACAUUCAAAGAGAUAUUCAACAAAGAGCUAACGAUGAACUAUUAGAUGAGGGUUUUAAAAAUAUUCAUCUCAGUUAUUAUCUAACCUCAAUCUACGAUCAUUCAAUAUUCGAAGCCUUUUCAAAAGUGGUUCAGAAAUUAAUUCCUCAACUGGGUACAUUGGAGAAUCUUCUUAAUAUUUUUAUAUCGAACUCAGGAGUUGAUAAAGCAUUCCUUUUUGAUGUUGUCUCUAAAAUUUAUAUCGCUACCGAUGGAAGUCCAGUCGAUAUGCAAUCAUAUGAACUAUGUUGCGAUAUGAUCGACGUCGUUAUCGAUAUUUCUUGUAUUUAUGGCAUCAAAGAUGACGGCGAAGGUGCAACUUUCGACUCUAAUUCAUCAGCCAUUAUAAAGUUGAACAACAAAACUGUUCUGUAUCUACAAGAAGUUAACAAAUUUCUUGCACUAGUUUGUCUAAUUAGUGAGAAUAAUUUUGAAAAACAAGGAUUAAUACAAUAUAACUUUUAUUGUUUUCGAGAUGCGAUUCAACAAGUCUUCGAGGACCGAUGUGCCAAACCUUUUUCUGAAACUUUACAAGAAAUUUCUUGUUAGUUAUGGUGUUGAAAUCUAUCAAAGCAUCAUUGCCAUU